AGUCACUCGGCGUCUACAGACGUGGGAAAUGAUAUACAAACACCAAGUUACUCGCUCCUACGACCGAGUGGCUUUUGGCGUUUUACACACCUGGUCGCGCGAAACCUGAGGUUCGCGCACCUGUGGGAUGCACAAUCGUGUGCGAUGAGCACUGUUUGCGGUGGACGCACCCAGCUCGUGCUCAAGGUGGCAGCAAGCGUCCAGAGCGCACAAGCUCGUUGCCAUAGUACCGGUACCUCGGUAUCUCGGUAUCAGCGCGCUGCCUCGGUGCGACUACGGUCUGUCGACGGCGCUGAUCGCUUGGCUUCCGCAGCUGCGGCGCUUCAACAAAAGCAAAGAUCCAGACGCGCCAAUCCUGGCUGCGCAUCAAAAACGUGCCGCUCGGUCCAAGCUCCAAGUGCCCAGCUGGUUUCGGUGGCCGCGACUGCACAUCCCAUUUUGACCCGUCGCAGCCAUGCGCGAGCCGCUCGCGAGCACCGUCCACGUCGUCAUCGUCGUCUUCAGCUGCUCGAUCCACGUCUCCGUGCCCAUCGCGGUCCUUGUCACCGCCGUCGCCGCUGCGCUGCGCAUCCUCUGGCUGCAUCAACAGCACGCGCUCAAGGUCGUCAACGAGAGCGAAGGCGACGACGAGACGUCCGCGCCGCUCGCUCUCAAGACGGACGGCCCGUCGGCCGAGGCCAAGCCGCCGCGCGCACUGCACGGCGCCCGCGUCGCGUUCACAGGCAUUGCGCUCGGGGCGGACGCGAUGGCCCAAGACAAGAAGCGCAUGUACUACACGCUCGAGGUCGCGCCCUUUGACGGCGGCGCGCCGUGGACACUGCACCGAAGCUACCGCGACUUCCGGGCGCUGCGGUCGACGCUUCUCGCGACGUCGCUGUACUUUCAGCACCUGAGCUUUCCGCCACGCUCGCCGCUCGGCCACGCGUUCGUGAACCACACCAAGCGCAGUCAAGGCCUCUUGGCCUUCGUCACGUACAUUGUGCAGCACGAAGUGCUCUCGCAACUGCCUUCAGUGAUCGCGUUCUUUGCCGUACCCGAGGUCGCACCGCUGGCGCUCUACGUACCGCACCCGCACGAGCGUGACGGCGGCGACCAAGACCGCCUUCCCAACGAGCAGCGGGCGAUGGUAGCCCAACUGCAGCAGCAGCUUGACCACGAUGAGCUCUUUAGCUGCCCCAUCAUGCUCGCGCGCCACCUCCAAGCCACAUCGUGGAGCCUUCCGGAAGCGCAAGCCCGUGUCCAGUCGAUCGUCGCGUGGCGUGCGGCCAACGUCCCUCCGAGCUUUGACAUGGACGUGCUCGCGACGGAGCUUGCGACCGGGAAGCUGUAUGUCGCCGAUUUUCUCGCCGCCGACAACAGCGCGCUCGCGAUCGUCAAGCUCUACAAGGAGAACACGUGGUCCGCCGAGCACUAUGUCUCCAACAUCAAGUACACGAUCGAGCACGGUCUGCGCCGCGUCUCGCCGGCGCACAAGAUGCUGGUCGUGAUUGACUUUACCAACUACUCGCUGACGUACUGCCCGGACAUGAGUGCGUUCCAGGACUUUGUGCACAUGGUCGAAAAGUACUACAUCGAGCACCUCGGCGCCAUCUACCUCGUGGACCUCCCGUGGCUCUACGCCAAGAUGCUGCACAUGAUCAAGCCGCUCCUCAACGCCACGACAAGAAGCAAGCUCACGAUGGUCAAGUCGAGCAACCUCAAGAGCCUCGCAGCGGUGCUCUCAACGACCGACCUCUUGCGCCAUGUUGGGCCAGCACCGACAUUUGAGCUGGACGUCGCCACGUACCUCAAGCCUUUCUAAGAACUUACUACCGGUUUGCUAUUUAACUUUACGUUUCUGCACGUCCUCAGAAUCGACGCCAGCGACAGGCGCGGAUCAGAACCAGAUGUGGCGCAUCCGAUAUCCCGCAAUCAAAGCACUGCAGUUUACCGGUAGAUUGACGAGAAGCAUAAGUGUACAUAGUUGUCUUAGUUGUUAUUAGCAGUAAUUGGGUGCCAUCUUGUUAAAUACGGGAAA